CUUCAUUCACUUGAUAUAAUCCAAACCGAAGUUCAAAGCCGAUGAAACAUAAAUAGUUGUAUUGACGCUCGCUCGCCUGAGGAAUUGCAGAGUUAAAGAAGAAAGAGGCGAAUCCUACUUUCAGUAAUAAAGCUCGAUAAUCCUUCUUCUGAGCUGAAGAUUGCAAACCCACUUGAAUGUUUGUGUGAAUACUAGUCAAGUCUGGUGUUGUAUUUGUUUGAGAUUUGAGGAGGUGGAUAUGGAAGCUACUGCUGGUCUCAGAUCACACUUAUCCUUGUGGAUUGAUUGUGAGAAGAUUACAAGGAGACCAAGGAACUUGUUGCAGUUACCUCAAAGAUGUAGAGGGGAAAAGACUCGGAUUCUUGUCUCGGGUCAUAUGCAACUUAAAAGAAGACCAGACAACCACAGGCUUGAAGGAUUGAAGGUUUCAUGUUCCUUCCAAAACCAAGUGCCUGGAUCGGUACUGGAUUCCAAAAGUUUACCAACUUCUCUUGAUGAAGCAACGAUUCUAAAGAGUAAAUCUGAAGAAAUUGAACAAGUGUUAGAUGGACAGUGUGUAUAUCUGGUUGGGAUGAUGGGCUCUGGUAAGACUACAGUUGGCAAAGUUUUGGCAGAUGCUCUUGGCUAUUCAUUUAUUGACAGUGACAAAUUGAUAGAAGAUGCUGCAGAAGGAACUCCUGUGGCUGAAAUCUUUAAGCGAUAUGGUGAAAGUUUUUUCAGAGACAGCGAGACUGAUGUUUUGCGCAAGCUUUGCACCAUGCAGCGCAAUAUAAUUUCCACUGGUGGGGGGAUAGUCACUCGACCUAUCAACUGGAAAUACAUGCACAAGGGAAUUAGCCUUUGGCUAGAUGUACCACUAGAAGCAUUGGCAAGAAGAAUUGUGGCUGCUGGCACUAAGACUCGUCCCCUUUUGCAUCAGGAAUCAGGUGACAUUUAUUUGAAGACUUUAACGCGUCUUACAAAUCUUAUGACCGAGAGAAGUGAAUCAUAUGAAAACGCGGAUGUGAGGAUUUCUUUUGAAAAUAUUGCGGCUAAGCUAGGUUGCGACGAUGUAUGCAAUCUCACUCCUACAGUAAUUGCUAUCGAGGCACUUGUUCAAAUUGACAAUUUUCUCAGGAAAUAGAGACAUGAUUUAUGUUCCUUUUGGAUGUUGUUGUGUACUUUUGGCUAUUGAUUUUUUGAAAAACUAAUGAAUAAUUUAUUCAAUUGCAGUAUGUUAUGUUGUUGAUUCUUUGUUAUAGAGAUUAUGUAUGUUUCUAAUAAAUAAUUCUGUUUGUUUGUU